GAGGCCGGCGCGCUGAGCCGCGUGGGGUGCUCGUGGCCGUGGGCCACGCCGCGGUAGCCGCCACCGCCUCCUUGCACCACGGCACCAUGUCCGGGCAGCUGGAGCGCUGCGAGCGCGAGUGGCACGAGCUUGAGGGAGAAUUUCAGGAAUUGCAGGAAACGCACAAGAUCUACAAGCAGAAGCUGGAGGAGGUGACAGCUCUGCAGACUUUGUGUAGCGGCUCCAUCAACAAGCAGAAGAAGCGGCUGAAGGACUUGAAGUACACACUCCAGAGGUACAAAUGCCAUGCCAGCCAGGAGGAGGUGGAGCUCGUUCAGCAGAUGAGCGCCAACAUCAGGGAACGGCAGAACAUCUUCUUCGACAUGGAGGCCUACCUGCCCAAGAAGAAUGGGCUAUACUUAAAUCUGGUCCUGGGCAAUGUGAACGUGACCCUUCUCAGCAACCAGGCCAAGUUCGCCUACAAGGACGAGUAUGAGAAGUUCAAGCUCUACCUGACGAUAAUCCUGCUCCUUGGUGCUGUGGCAUGCCGAUUUGUCCUUCACUACAGGGUGACAGACGAAAUCUUCAACUUCCUGCUCGUAUGGUAUUACUGCACCCUGACGAUACGGGAGAGCAUUCUCAUCAGCAAUGGCUCAAGGAGCCAGGCAGCCAGGCAGAGGCCUUGGUGCAGUGAGAACAGCAAGUAUCAAGACCCUGAGGUGGCGGCAGCAGGCUUGGUGGGUUCCAGGAUCAGAAGGACCAGGAUCAAAGGCUGGUGGGUGUCUCACCAUUAUGUUUCCACGUUCCUGUCAGGAGUGAUGCUGACUUGGCCCAACGGACUUAUUUACCAGAAGUUUCGCAAUCAGUUCUUAGCGUUUUCUAUUUUUCAGAGCUGUGUGCAGUUCCUACAGUAUUAUUACCAGAGGGGCUGCCUGUACCGGCUGCGUGCCCUGGGAGAGCGGAAUCACCUGGACCUCACGGUGGAAGGAUUCCAGUCCUGGAUGUGGCGGGGUCUCACCUUCCUCCUGCCUUUCCUCUUCUGUGGCCACUUCUGGCAGCUCUACAAUGCCGUCACGUUGUUUGAACUCUCAAGCCACAAGGACUGCCAAGAAUGGCAGGUGUUUGUCUUGGCACUUACGUUUCUCGUCCUCUUCCUUGGCAACUUCCUGACCACACUCAAAGUCGUGCAUGCCAAACUCCAGAAAAACAGAAACAAGACAAAGCAGCCAUGAGCCACGGCACUCUUGUGCCCCUUGGACCCCUGGACUUUGGGACUGCUGGGGGACUCUGGUCGGCACUCCUGCUGCCGAUGUCCUCCCCAGCAGCGGCGGUGACCACUGGCUGCAGUGAUCAGGGGCCAGUGCGUUGUGGGGAGCAGGGCCGAGGCCCCGGUCUCUGGCCGAACACAAGGAAUGUGAGCCCAGCCCAUCCGUGCAGUAUUAGCCCACCCAGCCUCCCUAUUUAUAAGCAUAUUUAAUACCAGGUCCCCCCAAUUCCCCUGGAACCCGAGGCUUUCCCCACGGCCCUGGGCAGUGGCCAAGACUGGGCCAGUCUUCCUGGGAAGGGGCCUACAGCCUCAGGGAGUCCCUCUGUCCUCUCCUCCCUCCCGUCAUUUGAGCUCCUCAGGUUGGGGUUUGGAUGUGCCUCGCUGGGGUCGGAUUUAUGCUGUACUGCUGCUUACUGAGUCCCAGGCAUGGGGUUGAAUGAAGCUCUGAGUGUCCUGUGGAGCACCCCGCCCUGGGCUACACCGCUUCUGCUGUAAGCUCCUGCCGUGGCGGGGCAGGGGGUGGGGGUUAAAGUUCUCAGAGAACCACUGUCUUUGCCUCCUGUUGUUUUGCUUUCUGAGUCUUUUCCCUGUUUGUUGGGGAACAGGGGCCUGCCCGCUAAGGCCUGGAGGGCUUGGACCCUUAGAAUGACACCAAUGGGUUUUCUUAUUGAGGGUCACCACCAGAGGGCGCUCCAGCCCCUAGAUUGUUUUAACUGAGGGCAGUUCUGACACUGAAAGUUUGGGUCUGCUCUUGGGAGUUUCCUGACCCUCACACCUCAGCCCACUUCCCCAAGUUCUUGCACUGAGUACUCAGGAAGUGGGACCAAGACUCUCAGCCUGCCAGGGGUUUAAGCCAUCAUGGAGGUCACCUAUUUUCCACCUUCCUCCCUUCUCAGGGGUUCUGGAAUGUUCCAGGGGUUGUUAGCAGGGCCCACCCCUCAAGAGGCCAGAUUCUGAGGCCUAGGAAGGUCUGGUAACCCAGCGUUAGAUCCUCUAUUAGUGGUAAGGGUGGAGAAUCCAGUGGGUUCAGUUGAAUGUUCUACUCAGUCUCACUCAUGGGCCUCAGCUGCCCUUAGAGACGUCCCUACAAAUCCACUUAGACUAGAAUUCACAGCUGAUGCCCACAGACAUGUUUUGUUUGGCCCUCAAUGGGAUUUAAAAAAAUUGUUUCAGUUACAUUUUUAAAAUGCGAGAUUCUCCCUCAUCCCCCUCACCUCAGUCAAGAUUCCACAUAAGGACCCAAUUUCUACUUUCCCUAGAAAAAUGGUAAAGAUCUGGCAGCAUUCCUGCGGGGCGGCACUUGGCUAGGUUUAAGUCAGCCUUCGUAGUUUGCCACAGGCCCUGCCACUCCCUUUUAUACCGGUGCUCCUUCCCUGUUCAGGUCUGCCAUCUGGCUCUUUAGGUGCUUUGGUUUGCCUUAGACUAGAAGUCAACACUUUUUUGGAAAAGGGCCAGAUGGUGAGUAUUUUAGGCUUUGCAGGCCAUACUGACUCUGUUGCACCCUACAGUUGUAGGGUGAGGGCAAUACAGAAAUGAAUGGGCGCGGCUAUGUUCCAAUAAAACUUUAUUCACAAAAACAGGCAGCGACCAGAUUUGACUCACAGGCUGUAGUUUCCUGACCCCUGCCCUAGAGCGUCAUGUGUGCACACCUCCUCGGGUUCUGCAAGAUUACGAGGUCCUUGGUCUCAUUCCUCUGUUGAUCCCCAGAGCAUUACAAGGGCUUUGGGAACCUAGGUAGGGUGGAGUGCAUUUCAGAAGUCUCCUUUCCUGGCAGCCUGGCUUCUGAUAGGCUCAGGCUUAGGGGGGCACCCAGCAUUGGGCAAGGGGGGCAAAAGCCACUUGGAGCCAUGAUCCCAUCUUGGUAAUGCUGUCCUCUGGGCCUCACUCCAGAACCAAGCAGCGGUCAAUCUCUGAUGGGCGUUAGAAUCAUUUGGAACACUUGCUUCAAAAGUCCUGGGCCCCUCCCUCCAGAAUUUCUGGAAGGUGGCCCGGGGCUCAGGGGUCUACAGGUUAACAGGUGCCCGCCUGGCUGUUGCUGACACAGGUGGUCUGAAGAGGACUAGCUAUGAGAAACCCAUCACGUGUAGGGAGGGGAUGGGUCCUGUCCAUUUCCACAGGAGGCCAGGCCAGGAUGGCCUCAGCUCCAAAACCCCACAUUGUGGUAAAGUGGAAGCUGUUAGGGCCAGAGGGCAGCUCAAUGACAAAUGGCCCACUCCUGUCCGCUGCAGAUGGGGAAACAGAGUCUGAGAGAGAACUGACCUGAUCCAGGCCACCAGGGAUGGAUGGUGCGUUUCACCUUGAUUUUCUGACAGUGGGGUUGGGGGUUAGGACUCCUGGAGCAGGGGUGAGAUUGGGGCUCGAGGGGUAUACUUUUUGCCUUUUGAAAGAUGAUUUCCUCUCCUCCUUGGGCCUGUGUGCCCAACUCUGAAAUGAUGGUGGCCAAGCUGAAGGUCAAGGCUAAGUCUGCUGUGUGGGCCAGGAGGAGGGGCAGGGUGGUGGGUGGUGGUGGCCCCACAUCCGGGGCUAUGGCUUGUGUUCUCCUGAUAGGCCCUGGGCCCUGGCCCUGUCAUGGCCCCCCAGGUUCCUGGGGAAAGGAAGGAAGAAGCAGAGUGUAAACAGCCGUGCCUAUCUCAGGAGGCCAGGGAGCAGGCAGCCUGGAGCCCAUGGGAACCCUGCCAAGUCCACAUUCGCCCGUGUACCAGACAGUUUUAAUUUCAAGCAUAAACUGGGUGUGCAAAGAGGGGCACAGCAUGGCUGGUGGAAGCCAAGAUGAGGACACUCUUGAGUCCUGGGGACAAAUGUGUGGCCCAGACCCUGCAGAAAGUGUGGUUUCCAGGACAGAGGAUGUGAACCCAACACCCUCAUUCACCAUGGGGCCACCGCUCAAGUGUGAGCCUGGAGGCGAGUUAGUGGUCAGAAGCCCCAGCUGGGAAACGAGAAAGUCCCAGAAUGAUCCAAGAGUCCUGCCACAGGCCCCAGACACAGAUGCUGGAGAUGCCCAACUCCGAGUGCCCUGUGAGAGUUGCAAGUGGGAAGCAAAGGUCCUGGGCCCUGUCAGUUCUGUCUUGAGGGCCGCCUGUCCUGGCAGGGGCCCUGCAGCCCAGUGUCCAGGGCCCAAAGGGUCACAGCAGCAGGCAGGGCCGGCGUUGUUUCUGCCGCUGGGCUUUCUUCAGAGCGCUCAGGGCAACCUUGGCAGCCUCUCGGAAGACGUCCUCCACGUUCUCCCGGAACUUGGCGGAACACUCCAGGUAGAGUGCAGCCUGGAUCUGCUCGCAGGCGCUCUGGCCCUAGGCGAGGAGGUGCCAGCAUUAGACAGGGCCAGAGUAUGGGGUCCCUGGAGGCCUGCUCACACCCUCUGGUCGAGGGCUAGCUUUGGGGGCUCAGUUAAGGGCCCCCUCUGUUCUCCAUCCCUAGGCCGGCCUCCCGAGUGUCAGGAUGGAAAGGGAGGGCCUGUGUGACGUCCCCCAGGGGUUGGGGCUGCUGGGAGAAGUUCAUCCCGGCCUCCGCCUGCCCCUCUCCAGCUUCAGGCUGAAUUCUGAGAAGUGCGAAGACCUCAAACAGGGCUUCCUAGAUCCUCCCUCUUUUCUGUAAAUAUGGUUCAGGCACCUGAACUUCCUCUUAGAGUAAAAGGAGGACUUUAUUUUAUAAAUGAACUUAUCUUUAUUAAUGCUUGCUUUUAUUGAGAUGUCUUUAUUAAUUUUCUUUUAUAUACAGAUGUAUUUAAGGGAAAUAUCCUUGUUUGUUCUCCACGCCUCGCCCAAAAAGCCGCAGGGUUUGGAUUUGCCUUGACUGUGACUCGUGGGUAGAGGAGCCUACUUUUGGAGCAGGGCCUGUCCCUCUAGUCCCCCGGUAGACAGGACGGGGUGGUGGUUAGAGUACAGGCUCAGGGUCUGAGAGCCUGGGGCCACAUCCUGGCUCCACUGAAGAGCUGCAUGACCCUGGACAAGCUAUUGACCCUUUCUGGGCUUCCACUUCUCCCUUGCACAAUGGGGGCUGCUAACAGUACCUGCCUUAGAGUUAUAAGGAUUAAAUGAAGGAAGCCAUGUAAAGUGCUCAGACCAGAAGGCUAUCAACAUUAUUAAUAAUUUUAAAUUAUUAGAAUCCUGCUUGCCUCAGCUCCCCCCAAGGCCACUAAGGCAUCCCAGUGGCAGAAGCAGAAGACUGGGGAGCCUUUUGACCAUGGCUGUGCCGCUGCCUUGGCUCCUGCUGGUGGGGUGGUGGUGGGGGGAGGGGUUGCCAGGUCACGGCCCACCUGCAUGUAGGUGAUGGGCUCCAGCUGGGCGGCCCGAAGUUUCCGCAGCUGCUCCUUGUCCUUCCUCAGGUCCGUCUUGCAGCCAAUGAGCACCGUGGGGGUCCCUCGGCAGAAAUGCGUGACCUCGGGGAACCACUGUGGGGGAGAAGGUGGGGCAUCAGGGCUGGGGGGCUGCUAUCAGCAUCCAGCCUAGGAGGCAGGCCUCACCUUGAUGAGGACGUUGUCGUAGCUGGUGGGGUUCAUGACGUCAUAGCAGAUGAGCACGAGGUGGGUGUUCUGGUAGGACAAGGGCCGCAGUCGGUCAUAGUCGUCCUGUCCUGGAACCAGAGCAAAGAUGGGGGUCAGGGAAACACCCCCGUCCAUGCUCAGAUGGGCAGGCGACUUAGUUUCCUCACUAUAAAGCAGGGGUGACAGCCUAUGGUACUGGGUGGUGACAAAGAUUCCUCAAAAGAAACCCACAGAAUUGGUGCUCAGCGAGCUGGGCCUGAUUACAGGGGAAGAAUGUGCUGGGAAAACUGCUAGCCGUCAUGACCGGGAGGAUGCUCCCUGCCUGGAUGCUCAGCUUGAAGGUGCAGACUUGGGGCCAGACUGCCCGGGCUCAGUCCCCCUCCAGAUUCGGAGCCACGGGGCUGGGGCGGCCCAGGUCGCUACAGUUAACAGCCGUGCCCAGCAUACCUUGGCUCUGGCUUCCCUGGGAUAAAGUGAGCUGUCAGCUGAGCUCCCCCGUCCAUUUCUGUGAACACCCAGGGCGGGGCACAGAUUGCUGGAAAGAGCAAGGAGCCACCUCCCAGCCCAGGUUCCCCUGCGCACUGGCUGUCACCCUUGCUGCAGUCGGAGCCACCUGGGGAGGGUUUAAGAAUCCUGAGGCCCCUCCCCAGCACCUGCUGGAUCAGAACCUGGAGGCUGGGCUGGAACCAAGAACAAGUUUUUAAAAGGUUUGGUUUAAACUUUUUAUACUGACAAUUUCAAACGUCCAGAAAAACUGCAAACAGAGCACUAAGAACCCUCUGCCUCAGAUUCGCUAAGUGUUCACCUUCUGCCCCACUUACCUUAUCACUGUAUAAACGCUUCGUUUCUCUGAAUCACCGCAGACGCCCCUUAAUGGUUCAGCACAUGUUUCCUAAGAACAAGGGCAUUCUCUUCCCCUACCAUGUCCUGGGUGGUGCAAACAGUCAGUGUGCUCAGCUGCUAACACCUACCCAGAGGUGCCUCGGAAGAAAGGGCUGGUGAUCUACUUCCAAGAAAUCAGCCAUUGGAAACCCUGUGGAGCACAGUUCUGCUCUGACGCACACGGCUUCGCCAUGAGUCGGAGUUGACUCCACCAUGAGGGAUUCUUACCCUACCAUAGUAAAGUAUCGCACUCAGCCAUCAACGCUGACACCAGACUCUGAUUCAGUAUUUUGAUUUUGCCAUUUCCCCAAUUAAAAAAAAAAAAAAAAAAACUUUUUGCCAGCGAGCUGAUUCUGAUUUAUAGUGACUCUACAAGGCAGAGUAGAACUGUUUAAGCAUAGGGUUUCCAAGGGGCGGCUGGUAGAUUCGAACUGUGGACCUUUUGGUUAGCAGCGGAACUCUUAACCACUCCACCACCGGGUGGCGCCAGUCUGCCCUCCACUCCCUCCCUGCCGCAGGUCUCAGGAGAAGUGGCCUCUCCACCCAAAGCUUACAUAUUGUCUACUGUCUGACUCCCCCGUGGAUGGUAAACACCAUGAGGGCAGGGGCCAUGUCCUUAAAACUAAAUCCUGGUACCCAGUAGGUGUCCUGUAAAGACAUGCUGGCUUUUGAUUUGAAAUUGCUGAACUCUUGUCAGAGGCAGCACAGAUAAAGGCUGAUAUGUGCCCCUGGGUCUGCCAUGACAGCCCACAAGGACAUUAGUGCAAGAGACAUCAGAGGGUUGGUGAAGGCAGGGGUUAGGCUGCUGGGAGUUGAAGGAGGAAGUCGAAACAGUGUGUUCAGAACACCUAGGGUGAGGCCUUUGCCCCUGUAGUUCCCUCUUCUAGAACACUCUCCCCCAUGUAGCAGCAUAGCUCACUUGCCCCUUCAGGUCUCUACAGAAAUGUCACCUCCUCCGAGAGACCUCCUGUUGGAACAACAGCCUCAUUCGUAUUCCGCCGCCCACCCCCGGUUGUGGUUUUAUUUUUCUUCACAGCACGCACGACUCCCUGACGUCAUGCUAUUUUCCUAUUUGUCUGCCCCCCCAGCACAUCAGCCCCCUGCAGAUGGGGGCCACGUCUGUACUGUUCACUGUGGCAUCCCUGGGGUCUAGCGCUGUGCCUGAAACACAGGCGUCUGGAAUGAAUGAACAAGCCAAAGAGUAGGUGAACACCAUGGAACAAUCCCAUCCGUUUCCUCUGCUGUGAGGACUCCCAUAGCCCUUUAGCAUUUACAAGGGCACUGCACUCGCAUGACCUGUGUUAAAUCCAAGCAGCCACUCUGGCAGGUAAGCAGGGAAAGUUCCAGGUCGGUGAGUUCUUUGCCUUGAGAGCCCAAGACAGCAGACGCCGAGGGGCCAAGGUCACAGCUGCAGUGCCAACUCGAUCCCCAGUGCCAAGGUCAGCUGCCUGUGCGGCCACUCCACAAGUGACAGUUCUUCCAGGAAACCCAGCCUUGCCAACUAGGAACUAAGCUCUGGGCCCCCGUUUCCUCACCUAUGAAACAGGGAUGCAUGAAGCCGGUGAGCCUGUGAACGCUUGCUCAUCGUAUGCCAAGGCCUGUCUGAAGCUCUUUACCUGCCUUAGGAAACCCUGGUGGUGUAGUGGUUAAGCGCUGCGGCUGCUAACCAAAGGUUGGUGGUUUCGAAUCCACUAGGCGCUUCUUAGAAACCGUAUGGGGCAGUUCUACUCUGUCCUAUAGGGUCGCCGUGAGUCGGAACCGACUAGAUGGCAACGGGUUUGGUUUUGACCUGCCUUAACUCAUCACGCCUCACAAUGACCCUACAAAGUUGGCUCCAUUUUACAGAUGCAGAAACUCAGGCAGAGAGAGGUGAAGUGAGCUGCCCAAGGUCACAUAGCUAAAGGGAAGCUUUGUAAUGACAGAGGACUACUGGCAGGACUCGGAAUGCCCUCGUGACAUGAUGGUUAAGUGCUUGGCUGCUGUAAGGUUGGUGGUUUGAACCCACCCAGCAGGCUCCCUGGGAGAAAAGACCUGGCAAUCUGCUAGAUUACAGCCUAGGAAAUCCUAUGGGGCAGUUCUACUCUGUCACACGCGGUCGCUAUGAGUUGAAAAUUGCCUUAAUGGCAUCCAACAGCAACAAUUCUCCUAGCCUGCCCCCAGAGGGUAGGCAGCUAUUCUCACCCUACAAGCCCCAGCCCUAACCAGAUGAGGAAAAAUGGCUGCCAACCUAACACCUAGAAAGAGAGGGACUCUGGGAGGGUGUGGGCAGCCAGCCCAGAUCCCACCUCCUCUGGGAUGGUUCCUGGCUUGACUCCUGUCUGGCUCAGCUUUUCCCAAGGUUCAGUGUGGGCCACCACGCAGGAACCAGGCCACGGACCAUAUACUUCCACCCUCCCCGUCACUCAGGAGAGCCACUCAGAUGCACCUUCCCUUGCAGGGCCUCAGUCUCCUUAUCUUCAAAAGGGGGGUGAUAACCCUGCCCCAGAUAUUAGAAGGGAAAGGACAUGGUAGGCUGGGAGAUGCUGGACAAAAGCAGAGGGAUUGCUACUGUGGCUACUAUUGAAACAAACUUCCUGAGGCGGGUGGGCUUCGGUGGGGGGGCGCUAACCCCGGGAUCUUUGGACCCACAAGCUUUAGGAGCCCACUACCCACAAGCACACCAUUACAACCCUCCCCCAGUUUAACCAUAACAGUGCCAAGGCUUAAGGGGGCCAAGCCACCAGCCCAGUCACACUGGGGCUUCACCCUGUCCUCUCAUGUGAGCUCAGGACAUCCAAACAGUCUGAGUUGUACACAAAGGAGGCAUUGUGGACUGAAUUAUGCCCCCCCCCCCCC